ACCCGCAUCAGGUGACCGGUUCAGUCGGUCGUUCAUCAAUUCUGAACGUUACCACCAAAGUUUUUGGUAAAAAAAUUUGAAAUCCCCAUCCGCGCUCGUCGCUAUACGAUCUCCACCGUACAUUCAACGGCCACACACACAUCGCACACUCGCACUCACUCACUCUCUCUCUCUCUAAAAAAAUCCCCCCCCUUCUGAAACGCUUUGCUGAAACAGCCAUUACACCCAGGGUUGUACUAUCGGGUUCGGUCGAUGGAUUGCUUGUGACUCGUACGGCGUCGUGGUGAAGAUGACGACGGUGGAGAAGCUGUUGGUGCAGAUCUUCGACCGGAAGAAUUCGUUUAUCGAGCAGGUGAAGCAACAGACGGAAUUGUACAGCCAGCACCACGCUUCUAAACUCCUUAUUGACGGAAUUACCCCUCCCUCGUGGCUUUGGAACCCUAACACCUCCCCGGACUCGAAAGAGCUAAACAAAGAAGAGCUGAUCUCUAAACUUCUACGUCCAUAUCCACAUCCUCCAGUCCAUUGCUCUGUUGGGCACUACCCUGUGUACAACAACCUAGCCGUUACAAGAUACAAUGAAGAAUUUUCCGAUGGAGUUUUCAUGGGAAGUAUGGCUUUCGAUAAUGUUCUCAAUAGAAAAGAUGAUCCAGCAGUACCAACAUUGAACAGAGAGGAUCAUAGUCCACGCUUCUUUACUUCUGUUCAUGAGCUAGACACUAGAUUUACCUCGCCUGAGAAUCAGGCAGAUGAAAGGAUCUUAAAUAUUCCAACAGUACCAGCAUUGAACAGAGAGGAUCAUAGCCCACGCGUCUUUAACUCAGUUCCUGAGGUAGACACUAGCCUUACCUCGCCUGAGGAGCAGGCAGAUGAAAGGAUCUUAAAUUUUCCAACAGUACCAGCAUUGACCAGAGAGGAUCAUAGUCCGAAAGAACUCAACUCUUUUCCUGAGCUAGAGAUCAGUGUUACAUCGCCUGAGGAUCAACAAGAUGAAAGGAUCUUAAAUCUUUAUACUGCACCAGAUCAGUCAGUAGCCGGAAUCCAGAGAUCCAAGUCCAGACAAAAAGCACUUGAGCUUCGCAAUAGUGCAAAAGUGCUAACUAAGAGUAACUUAAGGCAUGAGAAUACCAGCAAUGUUUUUUCUAGCCAGAUAAAAUUUUCUCUCUCUGCUACCAACCAGUCGGGCAAGAAAGACGAGCCGCCAAAAUUGGCAGAACCUUGUGUAAUUGGUAGUCAAAUUUGCGAGGACAAGGAGUUGGAUGAAGCAGACUACCUUAGCAAAGGAAAUGGAAUGGCAUACUCUGGUAGAACUACUAGGUCUCGAAGUCUUUCCAAGGUUCCAAUUAAUGUUGGAGGUUCUUCAGCAUCAGGUUGCUCAAUGUCAGACUCUGGUAAAAUUACUAUGUCUAGAAGUCGUGAAAUAAUUCCAGUUUAUGUCAGAGGUUCUUCGACGUUAGGUUGCUCGUCACAUGAUUGCAACGACAAUUCCCCAUCUCAUGUUUCUAAAGAAAUGGGAACGGAAUGUGUGCCUGUUUCUGAUUUUGAGCAGUUUCCAAAGUCAGCUGGAUCAUCUAUUGUCUGUAGCCAAAGCUGUGGAGGCAGAAAAGUAGAUGGUGCAGAUUGUCUCAGCGACGAUAAGGACCCCAAUGUUUUUAGUGGUAGAACUACAAGGUCUAACAGUUCUGGCAAAUAUCAAAUUGGUCGUGAUUCUUCAAAAGCUGAAAGUCCUUCUGAUGAUUUCGAGAAAAUUGGUCUUUCCAUGACAACUUCUGGGGAUGAUUUACCUCCAGAAAAUGUUAAUGGAUCACUGGUUAAGGUUAAUCCUUCUAGUGUCCUUAAUGAAAGUUGUGAUGCCCGAGAAUCAAUCUCAGAAGAUGGCAAGAAUCAUAGAGGAAGGGGUACCGUUUCAUCUCGGAGUUCUAGCCAACAGAAUGCCGAUGCAGAGGAGACUUCUGAUCUGGAAGUAGCUUCUCACUCUUCCAUGGACAAUGAGGGCAUUCUUGCCCCAUCAAGUGACACGUCAGCAGAACAGGUUAAUGAUACAAAUGAGGGUCAGGGGUUUGUUAAAUCUGAAGUGCGCAACUUGAAAGAUUUCACUUCUACUUCUGGAAAGAGAAGGUUUGAUAACUCGCUGGAAUCAAUGAGCUGUUCUCUGUUUAUUUCUGCUGCAUCGAUAGAUAAAGGAAUUUCUGGUGGUGUUGAUAAGCUAUUAUCGGGCAAUCAGUCACCUGGAGUGUCAGAUGGCUCAAGUAAAGGAGAGGAAGCCCCCUGGGAAUAUGCUGAAACUGGUUUUCCAGAGAAUCCCGACAAUGAACCUGAAAUUUUUGAACCUGUUAUAAGCAAUACAAUGUUACAGGUUUUUGAGGAUAAUGAAGAACCUAGGCUAGAUUGUGAAAUUCCUGAAGUUUACCAAGAGGUAGAUAGUACACUCGCUAAAGUGGUUGACAUACCUGACAUACAGAUUCCUUCAGUGAAACUUCAUAUGGAACAUGGGCUUGAGUCCUUUGCAGAGCAGCACGUGGAAGAGGAGGAAAUGGAUUAUGAAGGAGAGGAUAAGGGUCAAUUGGUGUCAAAUGCUGCAGAAAGUGAAAACUCGAGGCCUUCAAACUGUCACAAUUCAGCCACACAGCCAAGAGCAGAAUCUUGUGGUUGCUCUAAUGAGAACAGUGUCAGACAGACUAACAUGGGAUCAUGGCCACAGCCGAAGAGAAGAAAGAUUGAACAUCAACAAACACACAGUUUUACUACUUCCCCGAGCUUUAGGGUGAGAAAACCUCGCAGCAACCAAAGAGAUCCUGCCAGUGCAUAUUUGGAGAACAUUGAAAUCAACACAGAGAAUGCCUUGAUGGACACAUUUCAUGUAUAUAAGAAUGUCAAUACAGAAAUCCAUCAAGAGAUGAACUCUAAUUUGAGGGAAGGAAUUGAAUCUGCUAUUUUAUCUCAAAACGGAGAGGUUGAAUUUUGUAAUAAGGAGAAGAAUGGUUUUGAAAAUCCGUCAUCUGUAAUUGGCGAGGAGCAGUUAGAGACAGUCCUUAUCUCAAGCGUGAUCAAGGAAUCUAGAAAUUCACAAGGACAUCCAAGUGGCAGCCGUUCUGAUACAAGAGGGCUUGGUGAUGGACAGUGUAGCCCGCAGUUUAAUGUAGAGAAGAAUAGUGAAAACCUAAAUUCUGAAAAUUUGACUCUCACCAAUACAAUGCUUGAAGGAUUACAAUCUCCCCAGUGUAGCGGUGCUCUACUGACAGAAUAUUCUCUUCUUUCUCCAACAACUGAAGUCAUGGAACUUAUUGAUGUUGAUCAAUCUAUGCCUGUACUUGAGGGGUUCGUUGUAGAUGAACAAUCAGACAAUGACCAACUGGAUUAUGCAGCAGAUGGAAUUGACUUUGACAAGUUGCACCUUCCAAGAACUACUAUAGAACGAGCAAGCAUUCUGGCAGAAAUAUGCAGAUCUGCUAGCAUGGAUAAACCCUUGUCUCAUUUCUCCUCUACUUACGAAUUUCAGGGAACUGAAAAUUUAUUUCAGUCGGUACCUAAUGGUCAUCUUGAACAUUUGGACCUUGGGGGUACUUUUUCGAUGAAUUCUGAUGUUGGCAAACAACUUCAAUCUGGUAGCAGUUCUGGAGAUGAUUACAGAGACUCAUUCGAAGGGAUGCCUUAUUCUGAUUCUAUAGCUUAUUCUGCUGCACGAUAUUGUUGGAAUCCAAGAAACCAAUAUACAUCUCCAGUUGGCAAGCUGUGGGAGAGACUAUCAUCUCACACAGGAAGUUCAGAGAAGCGUUUAAGUUCGAAUCCAGAACUUACAUGCUUCCCAAUUGAGGAAGAUCCCUGUGUUAGUGAAGAGAACGGAACCGUCGAAGAUAAUGCAGAUGGCGGUCAAGAGGAAAUUGAUUCAUCAUUGGCUAACCACCGUGACAAUAGGCAACCGCUUAAUGAUUUGACAAAUUUGGGUUUAAAUCCUCCUACGUCUGUUCCUGCACCGGAUGAAACUUUUGGAACAGAUUGUGUGGAUUUUGUGAGCGCAAGAUCAAGUGUCACUGGGACACAGGAUAAGGUCCUAUGGAGUCCAAAAAAUCAGUACAGGAAUGUGAGGCAGAUCAAGGAAAAACAGACUUCAUUUAUUGGCGUCACUGAUGGCAAGAAAAAGCACACUUCAUCAAUUUGUACUAAGGGAAUCAGGAAGGCCAAAGAAUCAGUUAACAACAGCAUCAGCAGACCACUUUUGUCGAAUAAAACCAGUUUACAAAAGCAGGAUCAAAACCUUUCUUUGAGACCAUCUAGGAGGAAUAACAUUGUUUCGAACGUUAGUUCUUUCAUACCAUUGAUACAGCAAAAACAAGAAGCACCAAUAUGUGCAGGAAAAAGAGAUGUCAAGGUGAAAGCCCUAGAGGCUGCUGAGGCAGCAAAACGUUUAGAAGAGAAAAGAGACAAUGAACGUAAGAUGAAGAAAGAAGCAUUGAAAGUUGAACGAGCAAAGAUGGAGGAAGAAAACCUGAGGCUCAUGGAAUUAGAGAAGAAAAAGAAAGAUGCGGAUCGCAAGAAAAAAGAAGCUGAUAUUAAGUCAAAGAAGAGGCUGAGAGAGGAAGAAGAGAGAAAGGAGAAGGAGAAGAAAAGAAUGCGAGUCGAAGCGAGGCAGCGGCAAAGAGAACAACCAGAAAAAAUGCGUGGAGAGAAAGCAGAAAAAGAAAAUCAAAGAACCAAGGAUGAGCAAGCUAAAAGCAAGAAGGAAUUUCACAAUCAAUCCACGAAGCAACAGAACAAGGAAACCACUAGAGGAGAUAAUAAUAUAGCUUUGAAGAAGACAGAGACCAAGUUGGCUCCAACUGAGGUUGUGAUGAAUUAUGAAGAAUGUGGUACUUCUGGUCAAUCUUGUGAAGCCGGGGAGGCAAUUCACACAGUGGAUAAAUCACCCAAAAAUGAGGACUUGAUAGUUCGAAUUAGUCAUGGAAAUUCAUAUGAGAUCUCUCCGUACCAGUGCUCAGAUGAUGAAGAUGAAGAAGACGACGAGUUACCCACCAAGAAAUCUAUUCCAUCAUGGGCCAGUAAAAGCUCUGUGGCUGUGCUUCUACCAUCGCAGCAAGAAAUGGACCCUGACAUGAUAUUUCCACGGGAAAGUUUUUGCAGUAUGGAUGAAGUGUUGCUUCCCCGCAAGCUACAGCAAAAACAGAUGGCUGCUUGAACCGAAAGGCUAGUUCUUACUUCUUGCAAAUGUUAAUCUCUGGAUUUUUGUUGAUUGAUUGUGGCUGGGACUUUCUUUCCUUAAAAGAGGGGUGAUACUACUCGUGUCUGUCUCAGAUUUGUCGAUUGUCUGAAUGCUAUAUAGGCUUUUUAUAAACCUCGUAUGAAGCUGGCAAGUGCAUUUUUUUUUAGCCGAUAGAGUACUGUCAAAACGUCUGUCAUAAUAUUUUAUCUAUCGUAAUUCUUAAUUCUUAUUCGAAGGGAAAUUUGAAGUUUCCCGAGUUGUCUGAUUAUUGUUGUUCUGACCAAAUUUCCCUGGCAUAAUCAUCAGUAAAAAAAUAGUUGCUUGUCUUAAA